CCGUUUUUUGUCUGUCCUUUAUAAAGCGUCGAAUAAUUGAGAUCAAAUUUUUCCCGAUUCAGAAAAACGUCAGUUGUUAGCCCCAGAGAGCAUAAGGAGGCUUCCAUGCUGCAUUCUCAUGUGUGCUAUGACCUUAUCAGUGGUAGAUAUUGCCACAAGUAGGUCAAACUUUAUGGCCCUUAGCACACAUGAAAAAAGUCAAUGGAUAUUAAACUGGAUCCAUAGUCAUUCGUCAUUAUCAGAGAAUGGACAAUUUGAAACGACAUUUCUCAUCGGUAGCAUCACAGUAUGCUUAACUACGUGGCUGGCAGUGCUUGGAAUCAGCAAAAGCACGUACUAUAAUAUGAGAAAAAAAUUUCAAAGAGGCGUGGUCGAAGUAAGCCGCUCUGGCACUGUAAAAGGGAAAAUGACAACGGAGAGCCUAUCUGCAGUUGCUUGGCUACAAGAUUUCUGCAAUAGUUAUGCAGAAAAACUCCCAAACGAAAACAAACUAAAUCUCCCCCCCUGUCUCACCAAACAGUACGUCUACGGACUUUAUUUGGAAAAAGCCACCAAUCCGGUAUCAAAAUCCCACUUUUAUAAGUUGUGGAAAAGGGAGUUGCCUAAUGUAACCAUUCCAAAGAGAAGUCGUUUCUCAAAGUGCGACAAAUGCACACUAAUAAAAGAGCACUUGGCCACAUGCAGAGAGAAACAUCAGAGGGAAACUCUCAUCAAAAUGAGGGAGAAACACCUAAAACAACAAAAGUAA